AUGGAUCCAUUGAAUCCCAAAUUAUCACAUAAACCUCCUAAUUUCGAUGAAAUAGUGAGUUACAUCGAGAAGGCUCAUAAGGAGAACACAAACCAGCCUGCCCAAGUAGCUGCGUUCAAUAGAUGUGCUGAUUUUCUUAAAUCCAAUCCUCAUUCUCAUUGGUUCUGUGAUCCAUACAUAUACCCCAUAGCAUCUCAUGUUCUUUUCCUCUUUUCCAUGAAUGAUACUAAAACAGGGUUGUUUGUCAAAGACCAGAUAGCUGCAUCCAUCAGUCGAUGUCCAGAUUGUGUUUCAGGAUUUGUUAAAGGUAAAUCACAGCUUUAUCAUACAUUUGUCGUUAAUAGAAAUAUUCCUAUUCCUCAAGUUAAUCAAGUUUUGAAGAUACUAACCAAUUGGCAAAUUAAGAUCAUCAAGGAUGAAUUGUUAUCAUCAACAACUACCGGUAUCAAUAAUGUGGUGGAAAAUUAUUUAUAUAUGUGCUUAUACGAUGCUGAGAUCUUGAAAGAAGAUGUUGAAAUCAUGAAUGCUUUCAAAUUGUUGAUUGUUCAAUCGAAGAUCAAUCAAGAGUUUAAUGGUUUUUGUGGUUCAUUCAUAUACUUCUUAUUCAGUGAUGAUAAAGUUUUGAGAGACUGGACUGUUCGUAAACUUCAACAUGUUCAAGUUAUUAAAGAUACUAAUCCUAUGACUGAUGAGUUUUCCAAUCAUCUGUACAAAAUACAGAAUCCUAAUACAUAUGAUGAAAAAGCUGCUAGUUUAUUCUGGCAAAAUUGUUGUUUGUUAAUUAAAUGUUUCAAAAAACAAUUCUUGGAAGUAUUCAAUCUUCCUGGAGAUUUAGAACCAAGAUCAAAACUUGAUGGUGUGCUCUAUUUCCGUUUACUCACAGUUUUAAGAAACCAUAUAUUCGCUCAAGUUAGUUUACCUUUACCUCAUUUACUUGAAUUCUUGAGCCAUCUUACAAUUGAAUAUGAACUAGAUUUAUGGACUAAAUGGGAUUUCCGUGGUGAACUUCCCGAAAAAUUCAUUGUAAGCAUUCUUGGAAAUAGCAGUUUCAGUCGAUUCAUUCAAUCCCCCAAUCAUGUUAAUUGUAUGAUUACAUGGACUUACCCUUUUUGGAAGUCCUUAAGUGGGAUUUAUAGCAUUAGAGCCGGUACUCGUAUCACAAGAUUUUAUUUAGCAUUUAACGGGACUAUAAAUAACCUCCAGCUGUUGGAUCCAGUGUUCCGAAUUUUAAAUGAAAGUUUUAAUAUCCUGCUGUUGAGAAGUUCAACUCCUGAUAAAUUGGAUAUCGAGAUAGGUAAGCUUAAAGAUUUCAGGCCGAUUUUGGAUGAUCAUAGUGAUGUUUUAAUCAAAUGUUUGGACACUUUUGAAGGUGAGAAUAAAUUGCUUAUAGCUGAUAUUAUCAGUUCAGCUUUAAGUUUCGAUAUUCUGAUUUUAUUUUCCAAUAGUAUUCAUUUGGAAAGGGGAAGAAAUCCCAAGACUUUUGACUCUUACCCGUUGUUAUGGAAGAGAUUAACCGGAAGUGAUCUGAAACUCCCAGUUCCUCGAUUCUUCCUGAGUUUCCAAGACGUUUGUAUGAUAGAUAAGUUCGAAGACAGGAAGCUGAAUGAACAAUUAGGGUUAUCAGUGGCUAUUAAAGCCCACAAGGCUAAUGUCGAUGUAAUUGUUGAUUCAUUAAACACUUUGUUCAAUAAGUUUGGGGAACUAAAUCCCAAUCAUCUUAUGGGAAUUUUCGAAAACUCUCAAGCCAUGAUGGGAUUUUGGUCUUGUUUGUUUUCUGCUGGUAAUUCUCAAGAUACUCUUUUGGUAUUGUAUCAAGCGUUUGAUGUUGAAGGAAGACUUGAAGGGAUCACCAAACUCUUAGAAAAUUAUUUCAUCAAAUCCAUGGAAGCCAUUAUUUCGGGAAUCAAGAAACUUUUGGUUUUAGAGGCUUUUGAACCAUGUCCUAAAACUGUCAGAGUUCUUAUGGAUGUUAUAAAUGGCCUUGCUGACCCAACUGAAGGUUUAUUGCGUAGAAACCCUGGUAUUGCCAAAGAUGAAGUUGCACAGAACCUUUUGAUCGAAUUUUGGUCGGUGACAUGGAAAUUUCUGACUAUGAUUUAUAUCAAAACCAUUCAAUGGGCCAAUCAAUAUUCUGCUGAUUUACUUAUCGAAUUUACUCGUGAUAAUUUGGAUUUAAGUCAUUUAUUAUUGGAUUCUUACAGUUUAAUGGUCGAUAUAGUUAAAACAGAAAAUGUAGACAAAAAAUUCAUCCAAGAAGUUUUGAAUGUUUUCACCAGUGCCAUGGUAUGGUUUAAAUUGCAAGAUGCUUCAUUAUCAAGAUCAUGUGUUGAGCUUAUCUUCCAAGGUUUAGAUUUAGCUGUAGCUCACCAAUUAGAGAUUUCAACGGAUUUGAUUGCAAAUAUGGUUAAAUAUGGUCUCUCAGUGAGGAAAUUCAAAACCAGACUUACAGAGGAACAAAGAACAAGUAUAAUUGCCAAAGCCAAAGAGAUUAAUAUCCGAGUACUUGAAAAAGUUCUCUUGGAAGUGGUUCCCCCAGCUAACAAAUCUGUUAGUAGAAGUGCAACCCCAGAUAUUAUAGAAGUUAGCGAAGGUGAUGCUAAGCAACCUCGUAUUACCAAUUUUGGUAGUAAUUCCAAAAUCCCUACUCCAAUAAACCCUCCAAAGCCUACCAAGUUAUCUAAUUUAGAAUUAGCUAGAUUGAAUCUUUUGAAUCAAAAUUUACCCAAAAAAUCUGCUCCAGCUCCUGCUCGUCCUGCUGGAUUUAACAAGAAAGAGGUCUCUGUUGGAAGAUCAUUGAACUUACAGAAAAAGAAAGCUCAUGAUUCUGAUGAUUCUGAACCUGAAGGAGAAACCGAUAAUUCUGAUAUUUUUGUUAAGAGUACUAAAAGCAAAGUUACUGAGAUUGGUAUAGAUGGCAAACCUUUAAUUAGAACCAAAAGAGUUAAGUCGGCUGAAGAAAUCGAAAGAGAAGAAAAUUUGAAAUUACGUAUGCGUCUUAAUGUUGAUUUGAACGGUCUUUAUCGUCAAAUUUUGAAAUGGAACUAUGCUGAUAGUCAAUUUCCAGGUGUCAGUAGUGAAGUUGGUAAUUUAAAGGAUACUUAUGAAAAUAUUUCAGAUUAUACAAGAGCCACCGAACCUUUAUUAUUACUUGAAUGUUGGUCACAAAUCCAAUCAGCUAAAGACAGAGGUCAAGAAACUCCAUUUGAACUUUAUGUCGGUUCAAGAGUUUCAAACGAUGGAUUUUUCGAAUUAUACUGUAGUAUGAGUAAGAAGAAAGUCAGUGAUAUUAAAUUAAUUGAGACUGACUUGGUAGUCAUAACGUUUGCUGAAAUGGCACCAAGUGGUCCUGAACUCGCAACUUAUAUGAAACAUCCAAAAACUAUAACUUGGUUAGCUAAAGUCACUUCCAUCAAAUCUGCUAAUCCCGAAACUUCUGAUGUUACUUUGAGAAUUAAUCCCGUGGGUGAUAUGUUGAACAAACUUGGACCUGGGGUUCAAUUAUGUGCUAUGAAAGUUAUGCAAAUGGUGACAGUUGAAAGAGAAUAUUCCUCUUUAAAAGGUUUACAAUAUUAUGAUCUUUGUAAAGACAUUUUAGCUUCCAAACCAGCAGAACCAGUUAAAAUUCCCCAAGAGAAAUUGAAUUCAGCCAUGAAAACAUAUAAUGUUAAUAGUUCUCAAGCCCAAGCUAUCUUAGGUACUCAAGAUGCCACUGGGUUUUCAUUGAUCCAAGGUCCUCCAGGUACUGGUAAAACCAAGACCAUUCUUGGGAUUUUAGGUUAUAAUCUUAGAGAAGAAAAGGCUGAUGCUAGUGAAAUCAAGAUUGUUGGUGAAGCAGUAAAACGAGAAAACAAGAUUCUUAUUUGUGCUCCAAGUAAUGCAGCUGUUGAUGAAUUAGUCCUUAGAAUUCGAGGCGGAAUUUUGAAUUCUUCCGGUGAAUUGGUUACUCCAAAAGUUGUUAGAUUGGGUCGAAGUGAUGCAGUUAAUUCUGCUGUUAAAGAUUGUACUUUAGAAGAAUUAGUUGAUAAACAUUUAUCGGCACCUACAGAGAAUAAUCUUCCUGCAAUCAGACAAAAGAAAAACGAAAUUACUGAUGAACGGAAGAAAUUAUUCGAUAAGAAAGAAACCAUUGAAGAUGAAAAGGAAUUGGCUGAAAUCGAUUAUAAAAUCCGGUUAUUGAGUAAAGAGAGAAAUCAUCUUUUGAAUCAAAUCGAAGAACAAAAGGAACAAAAUUCUAAGGCUUAUCGUUCAAGAGAUAUCGAGAGGAGACAACUUCAAGCCAAAAUCUUGAAUGAAGCACAAAUUAUUUGUGCAACAUUAUCAGGAUCUGCUCAUGAUAUCUUAGCCAAUACAUUCAUUAAAUUUAAUAAGGUCAUUAUUGAUGAAGCUUGUCAAUGUGUAGAAUUGUCAUCAAUUAUUCCCCUUAGAUAUGGUUGUACACAAUGUAUUAUGGUUGGAGAUCCUAACCAACUUCCUCCAACAGUUAUAUCACAAAAAGCUGCUGAUUUACAGUAUGAUCAAAGUUUGUUCGUUAGAAUCCAAAAGAAACAUCCUGACUCGGUUUAUCUAUUAGAUGUUCAAUAUCGUAUGCAUCCUGAGAUUUCACUUUUCCCUAGUAGAGAAUUUUAUAAGAGCAGAUUGAAAAAUGGUGAUAAUACAUUAGCUUCAAAUACUCGUUCAUGGCAUCAAAAUCAACUUUUGUCUCCUUAUAGAUUCUUCAAUACUGUGGGAGCUCAUAAACAGAACGAGAGAACAAAGUCUCUCUUCAAUACAUCAGAAGCCAAUAUUGCCUUGGAAUUGGUGGAAAAUUUAAUCUCUUUGAUGCCUGAUAGAGAUUACAAGGGUAAGAUUGGGAUUAUUUCUCCAUAUAAGGAACAAAUUAAUGUUUUGAAAAGAAUCUUCAGAGGUAAAUUAGAUCCAUAUGUUGAGAGAUUGAUUGAUUUCAACACUGUUGAUGGUUUCCAAGGUCAAGAAAAAGAUAUUAUCAUUAUGUCAUGUGUAAGAGCUAAUGAUGCUGGAGGAGUUGGGUUCUUGAGUGAUGUUAGACGUAUGAAUGUGGCGUUAACUCGUGCUAAAUCGACUCUUUGGGUUUUGGGUAAUGCCACUUCUUUAUGCAGAAAUCAUACCUGGAAAGAUUUGAUUGAAGAUGCCAGAUCAAGAGGUCUUGUUAGUGAUGCUAAAUCUGGAUUCUUAAGGUCAGAAUAUUUCAUCCCUCCUCCAAUUGAGCCAAAGAAUAAGACUAAGGAUGAUAGGAAGAAAAGUGAUAAGAUUGAAGAUUUGGGAUCAGAACCUCAAACAAAUGGAACGAAUUCUAACAAACAUACUAAAGAAUCAUCUCCUUUGAAGUCGGACGAUAGACAAAAUUCAAAGAAAAGACCUCUGGGUGAAGUUACUAAAGAAUUUAAAAGACAAAAGAAUUCCCCUCCGGUUCCAACCAAGUCUGGGAUUUUUUCUCCUGAAUCAAACCGUGUUAUACCCAAGAAGCCCAAACCUACAAUCUAUAAAUUACCAAAAAAACCUGAAGCUUCUACAGUGGAAUCUUCCUCACUGGAACCUUCAGAAUCGAAAACAGACAUUGCACCUUCGAAAUCUGGUCUGUUACCUCCUAGACCUAAGAAAUCAAGUUUGUUCAUUCCAAGAAAGAGACGUCCAUAG